AUGAGUGGCGCCUCUGCAGGAUGUACGGGUGAAGCUUCUGUUAACGAUGGUGGGAGGGUGGCAGUUAAGAUGUCGAAGGAGAUUGGCGUGAUACAAGCCGUCAGCAUCGUGUUUGGUGUUAUUGUUGGAUCAGGCAUCUUCGUAUCGCCUGUUGGUGUUUUGCGAUAUUCCAAUUCCGUGGGCCUUUCACUAAUCAUGUGGAUAGUUCCGGGUCUCUUCAGCAUGCUUGGUGCCAUGGCCUAUGCCGAAUUGGGUGUGCGAAUCCAGAAGUCGGGAGGCGAAUAUGCAUACAUUCUUGAAGCAUUUGGCGGUUUGCCUGCAUUCAUUGUUUUGUGGAUCACAUUUGUUAUCCUUGGUGGAGUUGGUUGUGCUGCCAAUUCUAUCGUCUUUGCACAAUAUAUGUUACAACCGGUCUACCCAGACUGUACGAUCCCAGGACCGACAGUGAACAUGAUUGCACUUUGCGGUUUGAUGUUGAUUUUUGCAAUAAACUGUUACAAGGUGAAAUGGGCGACGAGACUCGCUGUGGUUUUUACACUAGGGAAGAUUCUAGCUCUACUACUGAUAAUUGGUUUCGGACUUUACUACCUUGGAACUGGUCACGUGGAAAAUUUUCACAACGCAUUCGAGGGAUCUAAUGUUGCGCCUGGGUAUCUGGCACUGGCCUUCUACCAAGGUUUCUGGGCGUUUGGGGGAUGUGUUUGGAAGCAUCAACGGCCAGGCGUUAUCUAUAUCUCGCUUGUUCUCGCGGUGGGUUACCAGUUCUACAGUGAUCUCUUCGCGUUGAUUGAGUUGGCGGGCUUUGCUUUCUCCUUCAUAGCGGCUUUGGCACUGCCCAUCUUCUUCCCAAUCCUCUUCCUUGGGUGCGAUCUCUUCAUUCUUGCGCUCACAAUCUAUCAACAGCCGCGUGAGUCGCUUUCUAACGUCAUUCUCAUGUUGGUUGCCAUUCCCAUCUACUGGUUCGGUGUUUCAUGGAAAAAUAAACCAAAGAGCUUCCAAAACUUUAUCUAUAAGGGCACAGUGCUUCUGCAGAAAGUGUUUGCGUGUGUGCUAGUGGAAGAUGAGUUGCAGUUGGACGGGGUCGAUUCUUCCUUCACUAAUGGAGACGGGAACGUAGAGACCUAG